GGUAAGGGCCUUGGGUAGCCCUGCGCUAGCUCCAGAAUCCUUGUUUAAUGUCAGUCCUUAAGACGAGUUGGUUAGGACUCUUCCUGUUAACUGAGAAUUGCUUCAAGGUAUCCCCCUAGAUGUGGCACAGUAGUCUGCUUUGGAUGUUCCUGUUGCCCCUUUUAAGUACAGCUAAUCUAACUCUUGCAGGAUGUUGCAUACAUCAAAAAUAAAGUUAAAAAGAAGUCAACAUCCGUCGGUGUAGUGGGUGUUUUUGACAAAUGGAUAAAGUGUGAAACCCUAGUCAAGAGUUUUCGACAUUUUUUGUGAUGUGUGUGUGCAGGAUCAUGGACAACACGGACGAAAACUUUGGCGAGGGACAGCCGCCCUCUGAAGAGGAUCUUCUCUACGAGCAAGAAGAACCUCUAGAUUACUCAAUGAGGAGAUCGCCAAGAGAAACCUUGUCCGAGGACGGAACUUCUCUGUCCCGGAAUGUUAUGAUUCCCAGGUAUCAGCCAGUGCCAGUGCACUCUACAACUGGCAUACCGAUGCCUUCUUUCUCCAUGGAUGGAAUGAACCAGUACUUGGAAAGUAACAGGAGGUACUUGGAUGCAAGUGACUACUCUGCAGACGCAACAUCGUCGCCCCUGGGCUUCCCUGAGGAGAUUGAGGCUUCAGAAGACAGCAGACGGUGUGCCCCCUCAAGCGAGAGCAAUAGACAGCCUCGCUUUCCAGAGGGAUUGAAUCAUCAGCAGUAUCCAAAUGGGAUUUUCUAUCCUGUAACGAACAGGCCUUUGGAGAGCGACCCUACCAGGCAACGCAACUUAUCUGAGGAUUCUUCCUCAGACAGCGAGGAUAAUUCAUUCUAUGACAGUGUGCCUAGAAAAUGCAACCAAGAAAGCAGGUAUCGCACAGUAUCAGGAGCAAGUGUAGAAGACGAUAAUCAGUCUGUGAGUGAUGGCUUUAACUAUCAGGACCUACCAUCCAGAAAUUUUGGACAACGCAUGCAUGCUCAUUUACAAAACAGAAACCGUACGCUCUCUGGGGACAACCAAGGCAGUGAGUAUCCUCCUCCUAGCGAGACUCUUCCUGGACAACAGGCCAAUGGUAGCACCAGCAGUAGCAGUCCACCUCUGUCGCUUGACGCCCCACCAAUGCUUGGGGAAGAUGCAAUGGCUGCGGUGCACAGAUAUAUGAUCCAAUGUAUGUCUAGGCAUGGCGCCGUUUCUUCUCAGUAUUACACGACUCUAAAUCUUUAUGAGACAUUAUUGGCCCAAAGACAGCAGGACUCUUCCCAGACAUCAGGACCCAUGAGUGUACCUUCCACUAGCCAGGCUGUACUGAGCAUGCCCCCAACUGGCCAAGGAGCACUGAGUUUCCACUCUGCCAGCCAAGGGCCAAUGAGUUUCCCCUCGACCAGUCAGGGACCACUGAAUUUUGCUUCGACCAGCCAGGGAGCCUUGAGUAUGCCUUCAUCUAGCCAGGGACCAAUAAGCUUCCCUUCAAGUAGCCAGGGUCCACUGAACUUCUCUACCACCGGCCAAGGGCCUCUGAGCUUACCACCCCCAACUAGCCAGGGUGCCAUGGGAUUCCCCUCAGCCAUUCAGGGUCCAAUCAGUUUCCCAUCAACCAGCCAGGGGGCGAUGAGCUUCCCAUCGACCAGCGCUGGAAUGGGCAUGGCCCCACCGCAUCCAGGCAUGCAGCAGCAAGUGCUGUCUCUGAUGCAGGCAGCUAGUUUCCUCUCCCCCGACGGGAGUCUUGAGAAAUCCCAGGGCUACAUUCAGUUCCGACAGCACUAUCUGAGGAGAAGGAACAUGUCGACCAAGCCACGUCGUGGGAACAGGGACCGCAGCAGUGAUGCUCAGGAGUCUGGGCAAGAUGGCCAUGGCAGGAGAGACCUGGAUGAGGCUUCUGGACUGGAGAAUGGCGGUGCAGAGGGGGGUGACAGGCUAGGAGAACCAGGAUCUCGAGAUGACGAGAACAACAAUGGCGGGAUGAGGUUGGAUAAGAACGGACAGCCUAGAGACGCUGCUUACUGGGAGAGGAGGAAACGGAACAAUCAGGCUGCCAAGAGGUCCCGCGACGCCAAGAGGAAUCGGGAGCUGGAGAAUGAGAUUCAGCUGGAGUACCUGAAGUGGCUGCUUCUGCCAAACCUCUAUCGCCUGAUGGGGCUAGGAAAUAACAACAGACAACAAUAGAAGCUGAAAUGACUGUGGAAGUAUCAAGGUAAAUGUGGCUGAAAUGGCUGUGGAAGUAUCAAGGUUAAUGUGGAAUUCAGUUCAUCAUGAUUGUCAGUAUGCACACAGAGAAACAGUACUUUUUCCCAAGUGGUUUUACCUUUAUUUGGAAGCAGAAAAACCAGUACUUCCAACAACUCGAUCAAAUGAUUCUCCCAAUUGGUUUUACCUUUAUUUGGAGGCAGAAAAACAGUACUUCCAGCAACUAGAUAAAGUGAUUUUCCCAAGUGGUUUUCCUUAAUUUGGACACAGAAAAACCAGUACUUCCAACAACACGACCAAUUGAUUUUCCCAAGUAGUUUUGCCUUUGUUUGGACGCAGAAAAACAGUACUUCCAGCAACUUGAUCAAAUGCUUUUCCCAAGUGCUUUUACCUAUAUUUGGAAGCAGAAAAACAGUACUUCCAGCAACUUGAUCAAAUGCUUUUCCCAAGUGCUUUUACCUAUAUUUGGAAGCAGAAAAACAGUACUUCCAGCAACUUGAUCAAAUGAUUUUCCCAUGUGCUUUUACCUAUGUUUGGAAGCAGAAAAACAGUACUUCCAGCAACUUGAUCAAAUGCUUUUCCCAAGUGGUUUUACCUAUAUUUGGAAGCAGAAAAACAGUACUUCCAGCAACUUGAUCAAAUGAUUUUUCCAAGUGGUUUUACCUAUAUUAGCAAGCAGAAAAAUAGUACUGCCAGCAACUAGAUCAAAUGAUUUUCCCAUGUGCUUUUACCUAUGUUUGGAAGCAGAAAAACAGUACUUCCAGCAACUUGAUCAAAUGAUUUUCCCAAGUGGUUUUACCUAUAUUUGGAAGCAGAAAACAAGUACUUCCAGCAACUCAAUCAAAUGAUUUUCCCAAGUGGUUUUACCUAUAUAUUUUAGAAGCAGGAAAACAGGACUUCCAGCAAUUCUAUCAAAUGAUUUUCCCAAGUGGUUUUACCUAUAUUUGGAAGCAGAAAAACAGUACUUCCAGCAACUUGAUCAAAUGAUUUUCCCAAGUGGUUUUACCUAUGUUUGGAAGCAGAAAACCAGUACUUCCAGCAACUUGAUCAAAUGCUUUUCCCAAGUGGUUUUACCUAUGUUUGGAAGCAGAAAAACUACUUCCAGCAACUUGAUCAAAUGAUUUUCCCAAGUGGUUUUACCUAUGUUUGGAAGCAGAAAAACAGCACUUCCAGCAACUUGAUCAAAUGAUUUUCCCAAGUGGUUUUACCUAUGUUUGGAAGCAGAAAACCAGUACUUCCAGCAACUUGAUCAAAUGCUUUUCCCAAGUGGUUUUACCUAUAUUUGGAAGCAGAAAAACAGUACUUCCAGCAACUUGAUCAAAUGAUUUUCCCAAGUGGUUUUACCUAUGUUUGGAAGCAGAAAACCAGUACUUCCAGUAACUUGAUCAAAUGCUUUUCCCAAGUGGUUUUAUGUUUAUUUGGUCGUAGAAAAACAGUACUUUCCCCCAAGUGCUUUUACCUGUGUUUGGAAUUUCUCCCGACUAUCUACAACAAGAAUUAAGUUGCAUGAGCAGUCCAGAAUAUUACUUCAUCAUCAUUGCAGAUCUUUUCAACGUCAUUGCCAAAAUGCACACUUUAAAAUGAAACACCCACGAGCAGCUCCAUCAAAUGCUUCGCCCAGACCUUACAACUUAUCUCAACGAUCACCAACUGAUAAACCGAAAUCUUACAAAUUUAUGGGAGGUAAUUAUAGAUAUAUGUAUAUGAGCGCCAGUCAGUCUUGAAUGGUAUAUGGAUUUAUAUGGAUUGUUUUUAUGCCAACAAAUAUUUGUUAUAUUCAGAGUUUAUUGUUAACAGAUUAGUACAGUUGUUUUUAUUGGACGGUUUUAUUAUUAUUAUUCAAUGAAUUUGGCCUGGAAUUGAAAAGUGCAUUUGCUUCUAUCACAGAGUUGGUGAUACAUUUUGAUUUACUGAUGGGGUUUCAGUAGCAGUUA